AUGCAGCUGGCGGUGGCGCUGGAGAUGCAGGGCUGGAUCGGCUGCCUUCCACCAGGGAGAUCCAGGAACCGAUGCAUACCUGUUGCCUUCUGUGUCAUCGUGAGUUCAAAGAUUGGGGAGCGACUUCUGUUAAUGGGCUUCCUGGAAACCAUGGGACAAAGCUGGCCGAUGCUGUCCCCGCCUUGUCCCAAGCGUUAUUACGUGAAGCAUCAGGGCGAAAGCUUGCUGAUGCUGUUCCCUCGCUGUCGCAGUCCCUGUUGGGAGAGGUGCCUCUGUGGAUCUGUCAGAGUUGUUGCAAAAGUGUUGAAGAGGAAGAAAGGCGGAGCACCCAGGAGCAGCCUGCAUCUGUGCCAUUGUCUCACUCACCUUCAUGACUUUGGAACUCUGCUCACAGCAAUGGGGGGGAUCUCUGCAACCAUGGCAGUUCUCAGCACUCACAACAAGGUCCAGGGUCAUCCAUCGUCCCAGAAUUCCAGUGGGUCCUCUGCUGGGAACUCUUUGUCUACCUCAGCAGACCAUUGUAAAACCACUCCCAAGCACUUCAAAACCAUGUGCCGUCGACCAACCCCACCAGGUGAAGCCUUUCACUCCAAUGACCACCACCAACACACAGACUUUGGGGGAACAGCAGGAACAUCUAAUGUGGGCCAUCUAACAGCUGGGGCAUGCAGGGACCAGGCAUGUAAGGGUCAUAAACUGACAAAUGGGACUUUGUGCUAUCCAUCGUCUGAACUGGAGGAAGGGGAAGAUGAGGAUAGUAGCUCUGAGAGGAGCUCUUGUGCUUCAUCUUCCACCAACCAGAAAGAUGGGAAGUACUGUGAUUGCUGCUACUGCGAGUUUUUUGGACACAAUGCGCCUCCUGCUGCACCAACAAGCCGUAACUAUGCAGAAAUCAGAGAGAAACUCCGUUCCCGUCUGACGCGGCGUAAAGAGGAGAUUCCUCAACUUCUGAGCCCAAACCUGUCAACAGUGCCAAAGCAGCUAAACGGGCACGACACAAACAAAAGAAAAAGGAAAAAGCUCAGCAGGGUAGUGCAGAUGCUGCAGGCAGUGACCCCCAAUCCAAUCCACCUGAGCCUACUGAGGAGCAUGUUGCUGAUGGCUCUGAGGCUGGGAAAAGGGGACGCAGAAUCCGGACGGCCUGAACAGACCUCUGAGAGCAAAGCCCAUUCUAAUAUUCAAGCAAAUGGACAUCAACAGCAGGCCAAGGGGAAAAAUAAAAAGAACAAGAACAAAGGGGAAAAGUCCAGCACUACACUCGAUGAUGUAUUUCUACCUAAAGAUGUGGAUCCAACAGAAAUGGAUGAAAUUGACCGAGAAGUGGAAUACUUUAAAAGGUUUUGCCUUGACUCUGCUAAACAAACCCGACAGAAGGUAGCAGUGAAUUGGUCCAACUUCAGCCUGAAAAAGGGUACUUCCAACGCAGCUCAAUGA